UUUGUAAUUUGUUGUUUUAUUGGUUACAAUAACCGGUUAUUAUAAACUAUCAAAGUUUAUUUGAAUACCAAAAGCAAAAUCGAAGAAGUGUAGUUAGUUGCAUAUUCAACGAAAGUGUGUGUCUACUUCCGGUUCCGUCAUCUCGUCCAAAUCCAUAAGCAUGAGCAACUGCGAAUGGACCGUCGAGGAAACGACCCUGCUGAUCCAGAAGCGGCUGGAGAUGUUUAGAGGCGCCCGCAGCGAUAAGGUCUACGAUCAGAUUUCAGACUACCUGGUCCAGAAGCACAACAUCCAUAAAAAUGCAUCCGCUUGCCAGUCCCGGUUCAACAAUGUCCUGAAAACGUACCGGCUGUGCGUCAAGCGACUGACGAAGGACAGUAAUAGUAUUCGCAAGAUGCGAUUUCCCUUCUUUGAUAUAUUCCACCAGUAUUACACGAACAAGACGGACGAGGAGAAUGCGAGCAGUAAAUGCAAAUCGGAAAUCUUCCUGGUUGACAUCUACGAGGACAGUGACGGUGAAGAAGGCGGUAGCAUGAUGAUAGAUUCCAGGCAGACGGAUAUUCAAAACGAACAUGAUGGGCAUGCCGAGCUGACGGCGAAUAACGGAUUAAAUGAUUUGAAGUUGAGAUUGAUGGAGCAGAAGUUGCUCUACUACACGAAUCAGAACAUGCUGCAGCAGGUCAAGCAGGAACACUACCGACAGGAGGAGCAGGAACGUGCCCGAGAACAGUUGACGGACGAAGAAAUACAAAAGGUUCUUCGGGGAAUUCAUUCGUGUUUGAUAAAGAGUCAGGAUGUGAAAAUCGUACCGCCGCCGACGAAGAAAGUGGAUGACAAAGUCGCUCCACAACUUGAAAAGCCGAAGAUUACGAAAGAAAUGGAAGGUGUCAGUUUGGUGAUUCCGAUCGAGGUGGAAUCCGGUGAGGAGGUGGAGGAUGAAUUCAACGGGGAGGCGUGGUCCGCUAGCGCGGGAAGCAGCGAGGAGGUAAUCAACAAGGCGGAAAAGGCCCGGCUGAAAGUGCGGAAGAACAUCUUUCCCGCGUGGAACCGGAUCCAGACGGUACUGCUGAUCAAGAUCCACUGCGAUCUUAGGCCAAAGUUCAAGGGGUUCAAUUUAUUCGAGUGCAUCUCGAACAAACUGAUUGAACUGCACAUAAAUCGAACACCCAGAGACUGUCGGACGCGAUGGAACAAUCUUUUCCGGAGCUACAAGGAAUGUAGAUCAAGACUGCAACUGAACGGUAAGGCCGUUGUUAAGUUUGAAUACUUUGACGAGAUUGAUGCCUACUACAAGGAUCAGCAGUUUCUAUCGAUGUAAAGGAGGUGAUUGGGGGGUUUGUACAACUGUCCACAUAGUAUAUAUAGACAGCCCUCAAAAAGUUGAUGAUUUAUAUGUUUUAUACUACAUAAACGAAAAAAAAGUCGCUUCAAGCUAAAUGAAGAGUGGCAAACAUUUUAGAGAAAGCCCUGUCCUGAUCUAAGAAAAAGUUUGUGACCCAUUGAAGGCAUUAUAUAAAAAUAUAUUAAAUUUCGACUAUGUGAACACCCCCC